GCAGUGCGGGUGUGGAGAUCUCGACAUAAACAAGAUUAACCACAAGUACUGCAGUAUCUGCUGGUGCAGGAAGUGGCUUUAAUAGAGUUGAGAAGUGACUCAAUUAUUCAGUGUUGCUCGGGGAAUCUCACUGACCAGUUCUCCAUUACACUCAUACUGAAUGAAAUAACUUAAAACUUCUUAUAUCUAAACUGUUAACCGGAUCGACCGGUAACUGGAGCAUAAUAGCAGAAUGAGAUCCACUGCAGCUGUUGUGAUACUUUGUGCUGGAUAUUUUCUGCUGGCAGGAGCCUUUUCUCAUCCUCCGAGAGAAUGGACCAGACUCAUCCUGACUCAACAGUGGCCAAAGACGUUUUGCAGUAUGGAACAUUGCAAAACAGAUAUCAGCUACUGGACUCUGCACGGGUUAUGGCCUAACUCUGGAAACAUGUGCAAUAACUCCUGGCAUUUUAAUGCCAGUUUAAUCGAGGACCUACUGCCUGAAAUGGAAAAAUGUUGGCCAGAUCUACUGAAACCUUCUUCCCCAGAAUUUUGGGGAUAUGAAUGGAAGAAGCAUGGAACAUGUGCAGCCAAAGCAGAAUCACUGAACAGUCAACAUAAAUACUUCAGCAAAGCUCUCGAACUUUACCACAAGUUUGACCUCAACAGUGUUUUAAAGGACAAAAAUAUUGUGCCAUCUGAUGACUACUACAAACUGGAUGAUAUAGAAACAGUCAUUACCGAUUUCUAUGGGGUAAAGACGAAGAUUCAGUGUGUCCACACAAAGGGAGGACAGUUUCAGAGUUUGGGCCAGAUAGAGAUCUGUGUUGACAGAGACUUCCAACUGGUGGGUUGUGAAAAGUCAAAUGAAGAAAUCUUGAGCAAUGAGAUCCUCCCAUUGGCUGUUGGAGGUUAUUCAGAGCUCAGUGUUUGCGAUCACUCCACGCCAGUCUAUUACCCUCCACUAGUGACCGGAUAACAGAGGUGGUAAACUUGAGACCUCUCGUGCCUAUAGUGCAAUCUGUUAUCUCACUGUGUACACAGACCUCAGAGGAAAUCUUCUUAAAUGCAAUAUUUUAAGACAUUUUAAGUGAUUUUUUUUACAUAAUUUUGCAUUAAAUACUUUUACAUAAUUUUGUCAUAUCAAGUCAUAGUAGACCGUUAUAUGCUGAAAAUAUAAGGAUAUUUUUUGUUGUUGGGUGUAAUUGUAUUUUUUAUUUGUUUUUAGACAGUAUUGUAUUUUACUCAGACAAACUUUACAUUUCACCCACAAUUUCUCUUGACAGGUUUUCUUAAAUUCAACCAUUUAAUCAUCAUCCUACUUAAACAAAAUGUUGGUUGAAAUGUGCCCCAGGGGUGGUCUGUAAUGUAUUUUAUCUGAAAAAAUUGAUUAUGCUUUGCUUAACAAGAGAUGAUUCAUCUCUAAUAUGCAUAAUAUUUGUGGUAUGUUUUUUUUUGGGCCUAGAACAAUUUCAGAUAUUGCACAUUCAAGUCUUAGCCAGUGGAGGGCAGCACAUGCACUCUAGACUGAGAUACAUCAGAAGCUGCAAACACUGUUAUGUUGUUUACAUCUGUUUUAGCUUUAUAAAUGGAUUACACCAAUUAACUUCAAGGGAAUUGUACAACUUUUGCACAAAAUGUUGUUUUACAUAAACACGGUUUGUUUUAAAGGACAUAGUUAGCCUAAAAAAAAACCUAUCUUAGUCAUGGGAUUUUCAUGUCAAGUGUGGCAUUUAAUACACUGCGAUGUUUGAUCUAAUACUUGUGUGGUGUGGUGUACUGUAUGUACGGCUGGUACAAUCAUAUAUGUCAGUAAUUGUUUUUUUUUAUUUCAUAUGUUGUUUUGUACAUAAUGAAGUCCCAGUUAAAUAAACACAA